AUGUCUGGGAGCAAAUGUUUAAUCUUAAAAAUGGAGCGCUACAUAGGAUGUGAGAUUUCUAAAGUGCCUUUAUCUGAUAUUGCUCAGAGGAUUAUGACAGCUUUGCAGUGUAUUCCUGUAGAAGUUCAGACUAACAGAGAAAAUAACCAGAGUAUAGAGAAGACAAAGGAAAAUAUACUAGGUGAUAAGGAUGCACAUCUGAGAAAUGAAAAGAUGGAUUGUGAUUCCAGAAUUGCCAGAAUUUCAGAUCCCAGAAUAUUAAAAGCAGCUGUCAGCCCUGAAAAAAGAACUACUGGUCAGAUAGUCAGGACAGUGUAUAAGGAUAAAAUACUUGGCUGUCAAGAUACCAAAAUAUUGAGCUGUUACCAGGAUUCAGGUUUCCCAAAAUGGGGAUAUCGAGAAAGGAGUCUUUUAGUAGAAGAAAAAAACCUGAAGGAUGGGGAAAAGAAAAUAGUUAUUCCUCUUAAAAGAAAGCAGAAUGUGUCUACAUCUUGUUCAGAGAAAACAAGAAGAUUGCUUGUAAAUACCUACAUGUUCUCACAUGAAAGAAGAUACAGCUGUACUCCUGGACAAGUAAAGUCUUCUGGAAAGUAUCCUCGUGAUAUCAGCAGUUUAGCAUGUGAAGAAAAAAGUGAACUGCUUGCAACUCUAGAACAGGCAGCAGCUUUUGUAACUACUAUGAUAUUUCAAGAUGGUUCUUCACAGCUCAACUCGGAGCAGGCCUCUACCUCAUCAGUUAAAGGAGUUGUUGUGCUGGUGAAGAAUCAGACUGAUCAGCCUUGUCCUCCCAUUCACACUUCAACUGGCUAUACUUGGAAUGCUGCUAAUGAAAAUGAUAAAUUAAUUUAUUUAAAAACUGAACAGUCAUCUCUCUGGGAACAAGAACAGGCUCACAAGAAAUUUUCUUGGCAAGUGUUGUUUCAAAUGCUACAGUGCAAAGUUCCAAUAAUUUGCUUCAAUGCAAAAGAUUUCCUGAGGACUCUACUUCAAGUUUAUGGUAAUGAAAUCAGCUGGAAACAAGUUGCUAAUAGUGUCGUGUUAGAUCCAAGGAUUGCAGCAUGGCUUAUAAACCCCAGUGACACCGUUCCUUCCUUUGAGAGUUUAAUACAGAAGUAUUUUGAAAAGCCUUCUUCAAAGGGAGCAGAAAAUACAGAUACAGGCACUUUGAGAAAUGUAUCUUAUCAAAACUUAGGUGUGAACUUGGAGAAGCUUUAUAAUGUAAUGAUGGACCUUGCUCAAGAUUUAAAGGCUCAAGGAUUGUGGAACUUAUUUUGCACAUUAGAGCUUCCACUUAUCAAAAUUCUGGCAGUGAUGGAAACACACAAAAUAUAUGUGAACAAACAAGAACUGAAAAAAACAUCAGAGAUUCUAGGGUUGCGGCUCAAAGAGCUGGAACAGGAGGCUCAUGAGGUUGCUGGAGAACGAUUCCUUUUGACCAGCAGUUGUCAGCUCCGAGAGGUGCUAUUUGAUAAGUUAAAACUGCAUACGCUGUGUGAGAAACUUCACAGAACUGAAAUACAACAGCUCGUAUCCACCUCAGAAGUUGUGCUAAAUAAAUUGCAAGAUCUUCAUCCUUUGCCUAAGAUAAUUUUAGAAUACCGCCAGGUUCAUAAGAUGAAAUCAACUUAUGUGGAUGGACUACGAACGUGCAUGAAAAAGGGAUUUAUUUCCUCUACUUGGAAUCAAACAGGAACUGUGACUGGCAGACUUUCAGCUAAACAUCCUAACAUUCAAGGUAUCUCUAAACAUCCAGUUACAAUUACAAAGAAACAGUAUAUAAAAGGAAAAGAAGAGGACAUAAUAACUAUUUCCCCAAGAACACUGUUUGUUUCAAAAAAUGGAUGUACAUUUUUAGCAGCAGACUUUUGCCAUAUUGAGUUAAGGAUCCUUGCUGACUUAUCAUGUGAACCAGAACUUCUGAAACUGUUCCAAGAACCUGAAAUCACUGAUAUCUUUACUACACUGGCAUCUCAGUGGAAAGGGAUUCCAAGUGACCAAGUGAAACAUGCUGAUAGAGAGCAAGCAAAGCGUAUUGUUUACUCUGUGGUUUAUGGAGCAGGUAAAGAACGUCUCGCUGACUGCUUGGGAAUUACUCCAGUUCAAGCCAGUCAAUUUAUAGAGAGUUUUAUGGAAAAAUACAAGAAAGUAUAUGAAUUUACAAAGAAAACCAUUGAACAGUGCCGAAAUAAAGGUUAUGUGGUUUCCAUAAUGGGACGCAAAAGGCCACUGGCCAAUAUCAAUGCACAGGAUUACAAGCUACGCACUCAAGCAGAGAGGCAGGCUGUCAAUUUUGUUGUUCAAGGCUCUGCAGCUGAUCUUUGUAAAAUGGCUAUGGUGAAGAUUUUUGCCUCUGUUGUCACUUCUCCGACUUUAACAGCCAGGUUAAUUGCCCAGAUCCAUGAUGAAUUGUUGUUUGAAGUAGAAGAUUCUCAAAUCCAGGAAUUCUCAGCACUGGUAAAAAGAACAAUGGAGUCCCUGCAGGAAACCACAACCUUGGAAGUGCCACUGAAGGUUCCCUUGAAAGUGAUUCUCACUACUGGGAAAUCAUGGGGGUGUAUGACAGAAUUGCAGGAGAUGUAAAGCAGUCAUUGGGGAUGUUAUUCAGUACCCAAACACCUCAUUGGCCUGUGCUGAUUCCUCGCUGAAUCACUAGGCAACAGCGCUGCUGGAUCUUUCAUAAGCACCUAAUACUCUGCAUGUGAAUUUUUUUACUUCAUUUUGUCUGUAGCCCUAGGCAACAGCAGUGAGAUAAAACUGGUUUUUACCAGUUCAUUGUGUUUCCUUUAGCCAAGGUAUCCAGCGGGGAGCUGCUUUUGUUCACAGCUAAAUUACUACAUGCAAGAAAUGAAACAAGACAGUAUUAACCCUUUGGGAGCAUCACAAAUAUAUUUGAGUUACAUGGAUGUUUAGACUUUAAUGUUAAAUAUUUUGUGAAGUGCUUGUGUAAAAAUACUUAUAAGCUGGCAGUGUUUGAACUGUGUCAGAUGCUUAACUGUUGUGUUCAGCUUAUUUUGUAUUUUGUGAGUAGAAUGUAGCUGCUUGGUGUUCAUCACAUAUAUUACAUGUCCCAUUCCUCAGACUUAGAAAAAGAGUUAAUGAACUGAAUUUUUAUCAAGAAUUUUGAAGCAAAAUAGGUAAAUAAAACUAGAAGCCUAAAUGUAUUAAAAAUAAAGAGAUUGUUGUCCAUUCAAUUAAUUUCAAAUUGAGUUUGCACCAUAGCCUUAGCAUACUUUAGACAAAGUAUCGCAGUUUUCCUAAUCUGUUGUUUUUAUUACUCAUGAUAAAUAUUGUU